UACUAAACUAGCACUUAAAACUUUCCACACUUGUCUUGCCGUACCUUUUUUUUAUCUGCCCCUCGCGAAUCCAUCUGGACCUGGCCUCGCUCACUGUCACCACCUUUGCAGCUUUGCUCCUCCUCUCCGACUCCGAACAAGCGCUCGCAAGCUCGGGCUCCAUGUCCAUCACAAGGUUGGCCGCGUACGUGGACCCCGGCACCGGAGUCCCCCUCCGCCGCGCGAUCCUUUACGUCGCCGUCCUCCUUGGCUCUAACCUGGCCACGUUCCUCUUCUCUUCCCGCUAUUCUUCCUGUGCGACGCCUCCGGCCGCCACGGCGGCACCGAAAAUGGCUACUCCAGGGACCACCACCGUCCCGGAGCAGCUGGCGGACCUCCCGCUGGAGUUCCACGCGUUCGCGGGGCCGCACGCGCUGCCGUAUGGGCGCAACCCCAACUGGGGCACCGCCGAGCUGCGGCCGCCCGUGGGCCACCCGUGCCUGGCCUUCCCGCACCUGCUCGCCGCCUUCAUGUCGUACCCUGUCAACGGCUCCUGCCCCGACGACGAGCUCCACGCGCAGCGGCUCCUUCUCCGCGGCUGCGAGCCCCUGCCGCGCCGACGCUGCCGCCCCGCCGCGCCGCCGGACCCGGCACCGCCACUGCCGUUCCCCGACGCGCUCUGGUCCACGCCGCCCGACCGCUCCGUCCACUGGUCCGCCUACACGUGCAAGUCCUUCCGCUGCCUCGUUGACCGCGCGCGCUCCCCGCGCUUCGACGACUGCAAGGACUGCUUCGACCUAGACGGCGGCCCGGAGCGGUACCGCUGGGUCAAGCCCAACGCCACAGACAAGAAGAGAAACCCGCUCAACUUCUCCGUCGACGAGGUGCUCUUGGCGGCGUCCCCGCCGGGAUCCGUCCGCAUCGGGCUCGACAUCGGCGGCGGGUCCGGCACCUUCGCCGUGCGCAUGCGCGAGCACGGCGUCACCGUGGUGGCCACCACCGUGAACCUCAACGGCCCCUUCAGCUCCUUCGUGGCCGCGCGCGGGGUCGUGCCGCUCUACGUGAGCGUCGCUGCGCGGCUGCCCUUCUUCGACAACACGCUGGACAUCGUGCACUCCAUGCACGUGCUCAGCGGCUGGAUCCCGCCCGUCGCGCUGCAGUUCGCUCUGUUCGACGUGUACCGGGUGCUCCGGCCUGGCGGGAUGUUCUGGCUUGACCACUUCUUCUGCGGGGAGGCGGAGAUGGCGACGUACGUGGGUGUGGUGGAGAGCAUCGGGUUCGGCAAGCUGAGGUGGGUGACGGGUAGGAAGCUCGACAGGGGACCGGACAGGAAGGAGAUGUAUCUCUCGGCGUUGCUGGACAAGCCGCUGAAGAACUCGUGGCGCAUCAAUUCCGGUAACUCUUGAUCAAAGGAGGAGCCGAGGAGGUUGGAUGACAAAACCGCUGUGAUUGAUGCGAUCCUAUGUUUGUUGACUUGAUGGUUUGCCAACUUUUGUUUUGUUUUGUUUUGUAUGCUUUUUUAGGCGGUUUGCAUGUGUGUUGUCGACAUGCAUUACAUCUCCUAUUUCAAGAGAACAUAUCUGGUGCACAUGAAGGAUUGGUGCACAUGGUGCACAUAUUAAAUCACCAUCACUCAUUUUAAAUCUAACGUAUCUAGUUGAUCAUUCAAUUUACAAAUAACACCUUCCACCACUACACACCACCACGUUGGAGGGUGUCCUUAGCAAAAUAUACCAAACAACUAGAGACGUUAGAUCUAAAAUGAGUGGUGAUGAUUUAAUAUGUGCACCAUGUGCACCAAUCUUCCAUGUGCAUAAGAUAUGUUCUCCUAUUUCAAACCCUAUAGUACAAGCCAUUUGUAUAGUAGAAAUAAAUGGUUAAGGCCCUGUCCGGUUUUUAUGGAUCGAAGCUUCGAAUU